UCCACCAUCUCCUCCGCGCGCUGAAGGGUAAAGAGUUGCCAUGCAGCCAGCUCAGGCGGGGGUGUCCUUUGAAGAGGUGGCUGUGGAUUUCACCCAGGAGGAAUGGACCCUGCUGCGUCCAAACCAGAGAGCUCUGUACAAGGAGGUCAUGCUGGAGAAUUUUGGGAAUGUGGCCUCUCUGGGACCUCUGACUGCCAAACCUGACCUCAUAUCCCGGCUGGAAGAAGAAGAAGGGCUGUCUCUCCCGGAGUGUGAUGAAGAGGAGGCGUCGGCAGCAACAGACGUGUGGCAGCCAGUGAAUGACGCAGAGGACCCCCCAUUCAUGGAGAAAGAGGAUACAUGUUCAGAUGUGAAAGAGGAGUUUGAAGAUUUGGAUGCACAGAGGACAGAGAAGGAGAAACACUCACCUAAAGGGAAGAGCGAUUCCAGUCUUUCAAAGGGGAAUGAUUCUCUAUGGCAAAUAAUAUGGCAAGGAGGCAACAUGAAUGAACCUACUGCAAACGGGGAAAAUGUCACUGAAAUAUCAGUUAUUAAUAUCCAGCCACGAGUUUCUAAUAGAAAUAAAAUAUAUCAAUGCCUGGAGUGUGGGAAAGUCUUCAAACAGAGCGCGCACCUUACUUCCCAUCAAAGAAUUCACACAGGGGAGAAACCAUACAAAUGCCCAGUGUGUGAGAAGAGCUUUCGUCACAGUUACAGUCUUACUGCCCAUCAAAGAAUUCACACAGGGGAGAAACCCUAUAAAUGCCUGCAGUGUGGGAAAGACUUCAGUCGUAGUUCAAACCUUCGUGUCCAUCAGAAAAUUCACACAGAGGAGAAACCGUAUAAAUCCUUGGAGUGUGGGGAAAGCUUCAGUCAAAUUUCCCAUCUUACUUUCCAUCAAAGAAUUCACACAGGGGAGAAACCCUAUAAAUGCAUGGAGUGUGAGGAAACCUUCAGUGACAGUUCCAGUCUCACUUCCCAUCAAAGAAUUCAUGCAGAGGAAAAAACAUAUAUAUGCCCAGACUGUGGGAAAAGCUUCGUUGGAAACUCAAACCUUACUUCUCACCUAAGGACACACACGGGGGAGAAAUCAUAUCAAUGUCUGGAGUGUGGGAAAACCUUCAAUCAGAGUUCCAACCUUAUUUCGCAUCAAAGAAUUCACACUGGGGAGAAACCAUAUAAUUGCCAAGAGUGUGGGAAAAGCUUCAGUCAGCGUUCCACUCUUACCUCCCAUCAAAGAAUUCACACAGGGGAGAAACCAUAUAAUUGCCCGGAAUGUGGGAAAAGCUUCAGUCGCAAUCUUACUGCCCAUCAAAGAAUUCACACAGGGGAGAAACCAUAUAAAUGCCUGGUGUGUGGGAAAAGCUUUGGUCACAGUUACAGCCUUACUACCCAUCGAAGAAUUCAUACAGGAGAAAAACCAUAUAAAUGCCUGGAGUGUGGAAAAUGCUUCAGUCAGCGUUCCAGUCGUACUUCCCAUCAAAGAAUUCACACACGGGAAAAGCGACACAAAUGUCUGAAGUGUGGGAAAAGCUUCAGUCAAAGUUCCAGUCUUACUUCCCAUCAAAGAAUUCACACAGGAGAGAAACCAUAUAAAUGCCUAGUGUGUGGGAAAGACUUCAGUCAGAGGUCACACCUUCAGAAUCAUCAGAAAAUUCACACAGGGGAGAAACGAUACAAAUGUCUGGUGUGUGGGAAAAGCUUCAGUCAGAGUUCCAGCCUUACUUCCCAUAAAAGAAUUCACACAGGGGAGAAACCAUAUAAAUGCUUGGUGUGUGGGAAAGGCUUUGGUCAGAGUUCACACCUUCGUAUUCAUCAGAAGAUUCACACAGGAGAGAAACCAUUUAAAUGUCUGGACUGUGGGAAGAGCUUCAGGGAGAGAGUAUACCUUACAUCCCACCGAAGGAUGCACACAGGGGAGAAACCAUAUCAAUGCAUAGAGUGCGGAAAGAGCUUCAGUCAGAGUUACGUUCUUACUUUGCACCGAAGAAUUCACACAGGGGAGAAACCAUAUAAAUGCCCAGAGUGUGGGAAAGGCUUCUCUCAGAGUGGAAAACUUACUUCCCAUCAAAGAAUUCACACAGGAGAAAAACCAUAUAAAUGCCCAGAGUGUGGGAAAAGCUUCAGUCAGAGGGGAAGCCUGACUUUCCAUCAAAGAAUUCACAAAGGGGAGGAACCAUAUAAAGGCAUGCAAUUUGAAGAAAAGUUCACCCAGAGUGCGCACCUUACUUUUCACCAAAGAACACACACAGAGGAAGAGAAAUAUAAAUGUCUGGAUUAUGGGGAGAGCUUCAGUCAGCGUAAUAUUCUGUCUUCCCAUCAAAUAAUUCAUAUAGAGGAGAAACCAUAUCAAUGCCUGCAGUGUGGGAAAAGGUUCAGUCAGAAUGCACACCUUACUUCCCACCGAAGGACACACACACAGGAGAAGAAGUAUAAAUGCCUGGUAUGUGGGAAAAGCUUCAGUCAGAGUAAUACUCUUACUUCCCAUCAGAGAAUCCACACAGGGGAGAAACCGUUCAGGAAGAAUGGACACCUUACUUCCCAUCAAAGAAUUCACGCUGGGGAGAAACCAUACCAAUGCCUGCAGUGUGGGAAAAGUUUCCGUCAGAGCGCGCAUCUUACUUACCACCAAACGACGCACACAGCGGAGAGGAACUAUGCUGCAUAUUCAUUAUUUUAA